AAUGUUUGGGUUAAUUUUUUAAAUAAUCGAGUUUGCAUUGUCUGUUGGAUUAUGUGUAUUUAUAAAGGUUGGUAAAGAGGAGAUAAAAAUGAGUGGAAGAGUUCUUAAGUUUGCCUAUAGAGUAGAAAAGAACUUGCUUUAUAAUUAUGAAUUUGGAAGAUAUACAAAAGUAGGUAAUGAGUUUACAAUAGGUUUUCAGAUUUUGCCUGAUUCCAUUUUUAUUGUCAACUUUAUAUCGUAAAGUGACUAAACUCAAAUCAUCUUUUAAUUUGUAUUAAAUAAUACUACUAGUGAUUGAUUUGUUAUCAUUGACAGAUUACAUAAACACAACAGAAUCAUAUUAAAGAUACUGCUUAGUCUAUGUAAUAAGAAUAAUAAGAACAAUAAUCAUGUUAUUUGAUUUAGUUAAAGAUAUUGAAAGAGGGACUAUAUUACACUAUGAAUAAAGACUUUUGGCUAAAUAAAUAUAAUAAUAACAAUAAUAAAUACAAUAAGAGUAAAUUAAAUAACAUGAAUGUUUGGAUGAAGAAUCAGACAUAGAUCAAUCUUAAAAAAUAAUCAAUACAAAAAAAUAGUAACAAUAAUAAACAAUGAUAAAACGACUAAUUUUUCCAUAGAUGAAAAUACCUUGCAUGAUACUUAAUUUGACUAUCAAUUAAUAACAAUAUUACAUUUAAAUCAUUAAUCCUUGGCAUUUUGAUAAAUCAUUUUCUUAAAUCUCAAUUAGAGAACAGCUUUUAAUAAUAAUUAAACUCAAUUUUUGUUGUUAAAUCUAUCAAACAUUAAAAAAAACUAAAUGUAAUUAAUAAGCAUUGUAUUAAUAUAGAGAAUUAAUAGCUGAAUAUCUAUCUUAAAUUAUUUGGAUGAAUUGA